GCAGCGAGAACUGCUUGUGUCCAGUGAAAGGCAGCAGGCUCUACAGGCCGAGAUGGAGAGUCUGUCAUUGCGCUUAUAUCAUAAGGAGCAACUCUAUGUUGAGUUGAGCGUCAAAUAUGAACAACUGCUGGGGAAAUUUCAGCAUCAGCAACAGACUGAUGUCCUGCAUCGGCGUUCAGUCUCUGUGACAGAGGACAGGUGGAGAGGUUCAUCUCUGCUCUGUCUACAACUGGAACAAAUCAGCUGUGAUUUACAGCAGCUGCAGGGCUCAGAGACACAGCUGAAGGGCCUGGUGGACGAGCUGCACCGGGAGGCCCAGCUCAGAGCUCAGGAGACAGAGGUCCUGAUGAUGCAGCUCCAUGAUGAGGCACAGUCAAAAACACAUCUGACAAAAGAUCUAGAAAUGCAACUAAACAGUAAAUCGCUUGAGCUGGAGGAGCUACAGAUGUCCCAUAAUGCCUUGCAGCAGGAGCUCGGUGAUCAUCAGAAGAUGAUGGAGGAACUGCGUCGAGAAAACGCAGAAAGUCUUCACAAACUCCAAGAGAUGGCCGAACAGUUUGAGCAAAUGUGCAACCAGCAGCGUAAAUGGAUGUUCUGUGUGAAGAGGUAUAAGGACUGUCUGUCAAGUGAGAAGGAGUCCCUGGAGCAGCAGGUAAACAGGUUACAGGUGGAGUUGGAGGCUGUCAGGAAAACCAAUCACAUGGAUUAUCCCAGAGAUUCCUGCAGCAGGUGGGAUUUUGAGAUGUCAUAUCUCCAGACUGAAGUAAUAAGAUGGAAAGCACUGUAUGAUGACCUGUUUAACAAACUCACCACAGAGCAGGUUCAGCAGGCAGCAAAUGGAAACCUUGAGCCCCCAUGAGGAUCCAAACACUGUCAACGGCUUUCAAGAUUUAAGAUUUAAAGAUUUUAUUUGUCACACACAGUUAUAUUAAUAUACAACUUGCAGUGAAAUGAAAUCUGGUCAACUCUUAAGACUGUGCAAAACAUCUUAAAAGGCACAAUAUUAAUUAAAAUAUCCCAAAACUACACUCUUAAAACAGAUGUGUUAAAAACAAGACAUUAGUGUUACUUUUAACACAACUUAACAAAAGUUUAACCAAGUGUGCCACACAAGGCCUGAAAAGUGAAGCCAAAACGUCUUGAUCGCCCCCCAGUGACUGGUCCCAGUAUAGGUCAUAAACCCCACCUCCCCCAUGUUAUUCAAUGGGACUUGAGACCAACUAAACAAUUUUUCCAAAGCUGGUUUCUGUCAUUUACUGUAGCUUUUAUCACGCUGAUUUAAAUUCAAGUGUUUGGUCAUUCAAGUGUUUGGUCCCGAAAUCCCUACUGUGCAGACUCAAGACCCAAGAUGUCAGCGCCAUAUCAGGACACUGGCGGCUUCACUUUUCACCAAUGGAAGAGAGCGAACGGGUGUCGUCCAUCUUUUUUUUACAGUCUAUGAGCUUAACGCACAAAGAUGUGUAAAAAAAUUAACACAUCCUUUCUAAGAGUGUAAGCACAGUGUUAUAAAAUUUUAUCCCAAAUGUUUUCAACAAUGUUUGAAAUUAAAGAAUUUGCCGUUUUAAAAAUGUUUUGACCCAGUUCAUCCUUGGGUUAUCCUUGGUUUCUGAUUUUGUUGAUUGGUGUGUUUGACUUCAUGUGGCACUGCGCUGAGCGAUUGGCAUAUGACAUCAAAGUAUCAUAAGAGCGAUUUGAAUGCAACCCCUCGCAAUAGUCUGAUGUCA